ACCAACAUCAACUGCAUUCAUUUUCUCUGUUCCUGCUUUUUUCUUAGAUAGUUUCUGAGUAAAGCUUUGUGUGUGAGUGAGUAAUGGAAAAGCUGAGUUUAGAUCGUAUGCCACCUGGGGUCGGAUUUGUUCCGAAGGACGAUGUGAUCAUCGAACACUACCUGAAGAAGAAGAUCACAGGGAAUGAUAAAGACAUUGGGUUUAUUCCCGAAAUUGAGUUCUAUAAAUAUGAGCCCUGGGAUUUACCAAAUAAAUCUGGGAUAGAUUCAAGGGACCAAGAGUGGUUCUUCUUCAAUACACUGAUCCCGAAGCAUCAGAAUGGGAGUAAGAAGAACAGGACAACCAAGAAAGGGUUCUGGAAAACAACUGGUAAAGAUAAGGAAAUCAAGUUCAGAGGGAGUUUGAUUGGAAUGAAAAAGAUUCUAGUCUACCGUACUCCUAACGAAGAAGGGACCAAGUGGGUGAUGCAUGAAUACCACACAACCCAAGAAGAGUUUGAUGGAGAACACCCUGGUCAGAAGGCCUUUGUCCUCUGCCGUUUAAUCAAUAAAGAAGCAGAGAGUAACGAAGGUGGAUCUGCGAAGUCUGAUGUUACAGUACCUGUUCAGAGUAACAACUACAACUAUCAUAAUGCAGAUGUUGCAAAAAAUCAAGCGGCAGAACUGACAUCUACUGAGAUUGAUUUUUGUGUGGCGGAACCUUUGAAUGUGUACAAUGUCUCGUCUCCAGGGGACUCUCCAUCAAGGUUAUCCCUCAUUGCUCUUGAUGUUUUGACUCCCAAAAUCUUUGAGGAUUCACCUCUUAUUAUUCCUCUUAAUAAUCUAGUUGAGUGCUUUCAUAACACGUCUUGCAGUCCAAAUAAUAUUGCUGUUGACAAGGAGACCCUGAAAAACAUGGCCUCUUAUACUGACAACGGGUCAUGCGGUGGGUCAGAUGCCAAUGCACAGGUUGACCAGGAUCUGGAUAAGAGUGAAACCUUCGAAACAGGCUUUAUCCAUCCACUAGGGCUAUAUUGCAACUCUCUCUCUCCAUCAACUUUAACUUCCGUUACACCUGCUGUUUCUUCUCCUACCAUAGCCGAAGCUUCUGCCAAUGACUUAAACGAUUAUUAUUGGCGCCAAUUCAUGCUGAAUUGGCCACAUCCCACUGCCUAUGAGUACUGGGAUUUGGGUCAUAAUAAUGGGUCAUGCGGUGGGUCAGAUGCCAAUGCAGAGGCAUACUCUUACUUUAUCAACCCAUAUUCUAUAUAUUACUAA